AUGAGUUCUGUUUCCCACUACCAGCGCAAGCACAAGGUGACCGUGGUCGGUUCCGGUAACUGGGGCUGUGCCAUCGCCAAGAUCGUCGCUGAAAACACUGCUAGCAGCCCCUCGCUCUUUGAGCAGGAUGUCCAGAUGUGGGUGUUCGAGGAGAAGGUUGAGAUCCCUAAGGACUCUCGUCACUAUGACCCUUCGUCGCCGUUGUGCCAGGGCCAGCAGAACUUGACCGAUGUGAUCAACCAGACCCACGAGAACAUCAAGUAUCUCCCUGGUGUCAGUCUGCCGCACAACCUGAAGGCCAACCCCUCGAUUGUGGAUGCCGUCCAGGAUAGUACUAUCCUGGUCUUCAACCUGCCUCACCAGUUCAUCGUCAGGACCUGCGAGCAGAUCAAGGGCAAGAUCCUGCCCUACGCCCGUGGUAUCUCGUGUAUCAAGGGUGUUGACGUGAACGAGGAGGGUGCUCACCUCUUCUCCGAGACCAUUGGCAACACCCUGGGUAUCUACUGCGGUGCCCUUUCGGGUGCCAACAUUGCCAACGAGGUUGCUCGUGAGAAGUGGUCCGAGUCGACCAUUGGCUACGAUACCCCGCAUCUGGACUCCAAGGCUCCCAACGCGGACGCUGUGCACUUUGAGCACAAGGAUGUCUCCGGUCAAUACUCCAAGACCAAGCUCCAGCCCUUGCCCAACGAGUUCCCCCCAGUUGACCACGAGACUCUCAAGACUCUCUUCCACCGUCCCUACUUCCACAUCCGUGUGAACAGCGAUGUUGCCGGUGUUUCUCUCGCAGGUGCUCUGAAGAACAUCGUUGCUCUUGCUGCCGGAUGGGUUGACGGUCUGGGCUGGGGUGACAACGCCAAGGCUGCCAUCAUGCGUGUUGGUCUUUUGGAGAUGGUCAAGUUCGGUGAGCGGUUCUUCGGUGCCACCAUCGACAACCGGACGUUUACCGACGAGAGCGCGGGUGUUGCCGAUCUCAUCACCAGCUGCAGCUCUGGCCGUAACUUCCGUUGCGCCAAGCUCAGCGUGCAGAGAAAGCAGCACAUCAGCGAGAUCGAGAAGACCGAGCUCAAUGGCCAGUCGCUCCAGGGAACCCUGACUGCCAUCGAGGUCAACCAUUUCCUCAAGAAGCAGGGCACGGAGUCUGACUUCCCCUUGUUCACAGCCUGCUACCACAUCCUCCAGGGUACUAUGCAGCCGGAGGUUAUUCCUUCGUACAUUGAGCGGUAA